AUUUUUAUUGGAGCAUAGUGCUUUACAAUGUUGUGUUAAUUUCUACUGUACAGCAAAAUGAAUUAAUCUAUGACUUUAUGGGAGACAGGACUCUGAAAUAGCACUUCUGUGGACAGAAUACUCACAGAUUCUGUUCUUGUUGCUACUGGGGAGAAAAUGGGAUGUUGUGGGCUGGUAGCAUGUCUCCACCUCCUCCUCCUCCUCCUAUUACUAGCUGGGAUUGAAUGUUUUCAUUGUAAAAACAUUGUGUGGGUACUUCUGAUGUAUUAUCUCAUUUAAUCCUAACAACUCUAUGGAGUAAACAUUUUUUAUUCCUGUUUUACAGACAGGGAAACUGAGGCUUGGGGAAAUAAAUGAACUUGUUCAAUGUCAUAUAAUUAGUAAUUGGUAGAACCAAAAGCUUAAAUUUGAACCCUCUAACUCCAGAACAAUAUUCUUAGCCAAUGUAUACAUUACCUCCUAGGUAAGGCUGUGUCGUGGGUGCCUUAUAAAAUCUGUUAUUCAGAGAGCGGGGAAAGGGCCAGGGCAUCAGCUGCAGUGGCUUUUUUCUCCCUCUAUUCCACAUUAAAACUGCUGCUAUUUUGGAACUGUAAGUGAUUGACAGUGACAUCUAAAGAGGGAAUGGUAGGAACUGGGAAGCCAGGAAGUGAAGGUUGGUUGUGGGCCCAUGGCUUGAUGAUCCUGGCUGUUUUCUAAACUCUUAAGGCUUUUUAGUGUUUCAGUGUCUGAAAUAAAAGAUGAUGACCAUCUAAUAUAUAAUACAUAAAAAUAUUGAGUUCUUUCGGUUUAACAUUUCGAGCACAGUAUUUGGGAUUCUUAUUCAUUUGUUCAACAAAUACUUAUUAUUAGACCCUACUGUGUGUUAGACAUUGUACAAUAUAAUUCAAUAUAAUGCAAAUAUAACCAAAUAUAAGCCAAUUAGGCAUUGUUCUUAUGUCUACUGGGCAGGGGAGAAGACAGUAAGCAAUCGCAUAUGAUGUCCUAGGUGCAGGAUGGAAAAGGGGCCUUGCUGUGGGAACUUGCGGCAACAGCAUUCCAUCCAAGCUGAAAUUGCAGGUGGGGGGGGAUUGGAAGGGAGUUAUAUUCCUACUCCUAUUAACUUGCUGUAUGGCCUCAGACACAAGUUGCCUACAAUCUAAGACCUCCAGUUCUUGGUGUAGGGUGGAAGAAUAAUCACUCCGUCACAAAGGCUUUAAAAAGAUGUAAUAAAUUACUAUAUAAAGUAUCCAAAUACAAUGGCCAGCAGACAGUAGGUGUUUAAUUCAUGAUGGUAAUUUUUCUUUUCUAUCAUUUUUCCAAAUACUCUUGUUUAUUGUCAAAGAUGACAAGGAAGAAAAUUUUACUGAAAUAAUGAAUAAUAAGUUUAGCAAACAGAAGUGAAACUGUGCAGUUUGCUAAUUCAAUUUUGCACCUGAUAGUGGAUUCUCCUAUGUGUCCAGUGCUGUGCUAGGAGACACAGAUAUGAAACCAAAGACCCAGGGACCUCUGCCAUCACAAGACUCUAUAAUCAUAGAGGAAACUGCCAUACAACUCUCUUUACUGAUGUGCCAAAGAACACAGUGAUAAAAGGCAGGUAACCCGUGUGAUGGAAAGAAAGGAGGGAGAGUAGUGGGUUUUUCAAAAGUCUUGUUUUGCCUGGAAAGAGAGGAUUUGGAACAAAAGCAAGUCAUACUGACUCUGUAUGGCUCAGACCGAGCUCAUGCCAAUGACUAGAACAUAGCUGGACUCAGUCGAUGCAGGAAGACUUCUAGUGCUAGAGAUGUUUGUAAAUGUCAUCAGCCUCAUGGUGCCAAGACUGCACAUGCAAGAGCAGUCACUACCCAGGUUUUUGGCAGGAUCUAGGGAUCCAGCCUUGGUUUUUCUAAGGUUCCUACAAACUCUAUUUCUAUGACUUGGACAAGAAUUAGGCUUGUGGUAAACAUACUUGUUAAAAAUCAUCAUUGUGUCUUAUACUUGCACACCUUCCAUUUUUUUAUCUUAAAGAUCAGUGUGGAGAUCUUCUUCUCUUAGAGAACAAAUUCUGUGCCAUCUUUUGAAUUCUAUCACAAAACCCAUUCCUUAGCCUUUGCUUAAAUAAUCCCCACAACCUGUCUUUCCUCUGAUCUAAAAUUCCACCACCAGUCACUAAUAAAGAAUUUAUCUCCUUCUAUGCUUUAAAGAAUCUCUUACUGUGAGAGAAGGAUGCCCAUGAGAAGUUAAUUUUGUCCAAAAAUAAUUUUUAUUUAAAAAGAGGAACUAGUUUAGCACACAUAGAACAUUUUUUUUUUUUAAGUGCCAGCUCCAAUCAGUUAAUGGUGGCUGUCCUGUGGCAUGGUGCUGUGAAUGAUUCUAAGGCCUAGCCAUAGAGAAAGAGUAAUGUCUACAAUGGGUGACAGUCUGAAAGCAGUCAUCCAAAGCGUUUGUCAUUGCUAGAGUAAUACGUCCAUUUCUGGUAGUCCCAGGAAGCUUAGAGUAUGAUCUCAAGGGAGCCACUCUAAGGAUGCAAGACAGAAAGGAUGCUGAGCAUUAGGACUGUUUAGAGAACCCUGGAAAGCCUAUGGAAAACUGGCAAGACAGUCAUCCAUAUUCUUUACCAUAAGCUAAUGUGUCCCAAAUCUAAGUAAUGACAGAUUUGUUGUUUGUCAGGCAAAUGUAUCUCUCUCACUUAUGAUAUUUUUUUUUGCCUAGGAAACCAGAAAUGAGAUUAUGUGGGUAGAAAAAUCAAGUAAUGGACUUCCAGCCUUGAAGAUUAUCUUAUCCAAACCCUCCAUUUAUAAAUGAGGAAACUGAGGACAGGAAUGGCUAAAGUAGUAACCAGUGGUCUCCCAUUUCCAGAACUUUGGGGCUUUAAGUUUAAUUUGAACUUCUAAGUUAAUUCAUAGUCACCAGUGUCCUACCCUAGACUAAAGAACUGGAUUAUAGGCAAAGCAGAAAGCAGCUGAGAGAAGUUGGUAUCUCAACUUCUAUUACUAGCUCUUGGAUGGUGUGAGCUCUGACAUCAGAAAGACCAGAAUUUCUACCUGUGAGUCCAUGAGCAAAUUAUAUGAGCUUGAGUCUUCACUUAUUAUUCAAGAAAUAAGAAUGCUGCUACCUAUAUACAGUCACAUAAAGUGCUAGACUUGCAGCAAACACUCAGUAAAUUCGGUUGCAUUCUCAUGGGUUUGCUUCCCAAAUCUGUGCUCCCCACUCUCACUAGGGACCUAAAAAUGUGUCCAGCACUGGAAUUAGGGUAGUCAUCAUUUGUCUGAAUCUGGCAUUGUAUGUGUUUACUUAAUCUCCUGCCAGUUUAGAACUUUGUACAUGUCAACAGGCAUUUCUAGGAAAUCAGGUAUUUACCAAGAGCAUCUAUUGAUUACUUUAUUUCAAGUCCUAUGUGAUGUAAUCUUGAAAAAACAAGUAGAGUGACAUGACUCAUUUUAAAAUCCAGUAUUCAUUAAUGAAUGCUAUCUAUCAGAAGUAUUUCUUCAUUAUCAUGAAUUUCUUUAAUUUUUUCAGGGUUAUGGUGGCCUGGGGAAAAUAUUCACCAGAAGAAGUUUAAUUAUUAAUAGUAAUUACUUGGAAAGAAUAUAAAAGGAUUAUUCAAUUCUCUCAAAUGAUAGAACACCUUCUAUAAAGUUUAUCUGAAAUAAUGAAGACUGUUAGAUCCAUAUCUUUUCUUAUUUUCUUCAGCUACAUUAGAUGUCAGACUCUUCAGAGAAGUUUACUAGAUGCAGCCAUGCAGCAAACAAAUGGCCAGAAUUAUCUAGAGGAGAACUUAAGAGCUGUCACUAGCAUUAUGGUUGCACAGUUUCUUCAGAAACUGACUUAUGAAGAAGUACAAAUCAUAGUUCAUGAGUUGCUAGAUCUUGCAGAAAAGUGCAAGAGCCUCAAGUCACAUGAAUUACCUUCAGAAUCCUGUCACCAGUUGAUGGCUGCCUUCCUAGAGCAUAUUUGCAAUAACCAAGGAAUGGCUGACAAAUGUGUAUUUUCUGACUGUUGCAAUAUAAAUAAGACAGCAAGACAUAAGUGUUUCCUAUUACACAAAAAGGAUGAUACAGGUUACACUGAAAUAUUCCAGAUUUCAAAUCCUGAGCAGAUCUGUGAGAUCAGCAAAGAGAAUCAAGUGCCAGUGAAAGACAGGUACAUUUAUGAAACUUCUAGGAAGCAUCCAUUCUUGUAUGGACCCACUAUUUUAACCAUGUCUGUUUGCUAUGAAACAGCUGUUCAGUCAUGUUGCUGAGAAGAAAAUAAGACUGAAUGCUUCCAGACAAAGCUGGAACCCAUCAGAAAGUACGUUAGAGAAAUAUCUUUGAGGCAUCACCAUUUAUGUGAAAUUGGGAUUAAAUUCAACCACAAAGUAGCAACAGCCAUGUUUACAGAAGAUCAGUCUGUAUGCAAACAAUUCACUGACAAGCAAGAUUUCUUCCUACAAGAGUUUCUUUAUGAAUACACAAGAAGACACCCAGAGUUGGCAGUUUCAGUCAUUUUAAGAGUGGAUGCAGUAUAUCAAAAUUUAUUGGGAAGAUGCUGUAAAUUAGAAAAUCCUCUGGAAUGCUAUAGCCAUGGGGAAGGGAUGUUUCAAAGAGUGGUUCGUGAAAGCCAUGAGCGUGUGAAAAAUCAGUGUGAUGUACGUGAGAAAUUAGGAGAUAGUAACUUUCACGACAGGCUCAUAGUCCUUUAUACGAAGAAAGCCCCACAGCUGUCUGCUCAGGAGUUGAUUGUUCUCACGAAGAACAUGGCAGCUGCUGCCAGCAAGUGCUGCCCACUGGAUCAAGAGCCCCAGUUUGUCUGCAUGGAGGACUCGGCAAAGUUAAUUCUUGGAGCUUUAUGCAGAAGGCACGAGACGGAGCCCAUCAAUGCUUCUGUGGGUCACUGCUGUGAUGACGCGUAUGCCUUCAGAAAGCCUUGUUUUGAUGACCUGCAAGUCGAUGGAACUUACAUUUCUCCACCAUUAUCCUGUGACCAAGUCAUCAACCUUAAAGAAGACUUGUGCAAAGCUCAAGAGGAGGAAUUACAGACUGAAAAGCAAAAGCUCCUCAGCAACCUUGUGAAGCAGAAACCGUAUGCAGCAGAGAUGCAGUUCCAAUCAAUUAUUGUGGAUUUUGCUCACCUGGUGGAGAUGUGCUGCCAAGCAGAGAAAAGUGAAAUGUGUUUCCAAGAAGAGGGGUCCAAACUGAUCGAAAAGUGCCAGCUUCUUUUGGGAGGCUAAAUGAUUCCAGAAAAUGUCAUCAUAGGGUCUUUGUUGAGACCUGCAUUUUGUUUUUCAUGAAUAAUGAAAUGCAUGUUUAAUACUCAGAAUAAAAAUCAAUAGUGUCAGUUUUCAUCCACUCACAAUGCUACCCAAGAAGGCUAGCCAAUCUAUACUAAAUCUCUAGUUUCUUACUCAGCAGAGAAAUCUGUUUAUUCCAACUCUUGUGCAAACUCCUUUCUUCUCUUAAACUUUCUACUUCUCAGAAGCAGCAAUGGAAAUAUGAACUCAAGGGUGGGGAGGGGGGUUGUGUGGCUUUCAAAGGUCUCAGGUGGAUAUAAUGGGCAGCCACAUGCCACAUCAAGCUGGAACCUGGCUGCUGGAUUUCUGGAAUGAAAAAGAUCCAAAGUGCCACUUAGGGUUUCUAUCCAUACCACUACUGAAAAUGAUUAUUGAUGAGCUGAAUGAAAUGGUUUUGUAAGAAAGUUACUUUUGUAACAGUAUUCUCGCUCAUCUUUACCCUAGAUAUGUGAUGCUGACAUUGUCACCAAG